AUGGUCGCCGCUCUGGGGUUCGAUUCUGCCUGUGGCGUUCCCAGGGCCACUGGGGCUGUAUUGUACAUCACUGUGGUCGUGGAACACUUGCCUUGGGUUGCUUAUCAACCGUUAGUGCGCUGUUUAAACUUCCCGUCGUCUUGUUUGAACCAAGCAAACCCGGCUGCAGGCUGUGAUUCGCUCGACAAGCCACUGGGGCGCACGGUGGCUGCCGGACUAAUCCGGAAUGGGCUAAACCGCCUGCGAAUCCUGAACAAGGUUUACGCCCGUCUUUACGUAGGCAUGCAGUACUAG